AUGCCUCAUAAGAAUAGGAAGUAUGGAUCUGGAAAUGAUAAGCAUAAGAAAAAGAAAAAAAUUGAAGAGUUAAUUCAAUCUCAAGUAGGAGCUCUUGAUAAAUUUUUAAUCAAAGAACCACAAAUUUCAAAUGAAAGUCAUUAUGUUGAUAAUAUUGAUGUUGAAAUUAUUGAUAGUAUGCCCAUUGAAAAUGACAAUCUUGAUAGUGUGUCUUUUGAAAAUGAUAAUCUUGAUAGUGUGCCCAUUGUUGAUGAAAUUAGUGAUGAUGAUGAUGAUAAUCUUGAAGAAAUUAAUAAUGAUGAUGAUAAUGUUGAUUAUGAUAUAUUUGAUCCAAGAAUUUGGGAUCAUCUUCAACCUAAAAGAGACCCUAUAUUGUGA